GAGCGUGUGUAUUGUACAGAAUGUAUAGGUAAUGGUCGUUCCUCAGAAUGAACAAAGACGACAUUUACCUACCAACAGCAAUGGAGGACCUGAAGGGAAAAGCUCUCACAGUGCUUGGACCAGUGACCCCUGGUGACCUUGGCCACACCCUCCCACACGAGCACAUUCUAGUAAAUGGGUCACCCUUCGCCACCGAGCCACAUUCCAUCAGGGGUCUACCUAUCACCAUGGAAACACUCGGACAAAUCAGAUAUUACCCAUACAGCGUAAUGGCUAACCUAAAGUUGGAUAUUCCUGAAGAGUUGACCUCUGAACUCCGUCUAUUCAAGAGUGCCGGGGGCGGGUGUGUGUGUGAUGUCACAGUAACUGGGAUAAGGUGUCAGCCAGGUCCGGAACUACUGCCUCAGAUAUCCAGGGAGUCCGGGGUUCAUAUAAUCACUGGCACUGGUUACUAUGUCAACAGCUUCCUACCUGACUACGCCAAGAGCCUAUCCUCCAAUCAGAUGGCUGAACAGAUGUACAGUGAGAUCGUGGGCGGGUGUGAGGGGGGUGUGAGGUGUGGAGUGAUCGGAGAGAUCGGUUGUUCCUAUCCGCUCAUCAAUUCAGAGAAGACUGCUCUACAAGCUGCGGCCAUGGUACAAACUAGGACAGGUGCCCCUCUGAUUGUCCAUCCUGGUCGCCAUGGUGAUGCCCCUGCCGAGAUUGCCUCCAUCCUAGAGUCCCACGGAGGUGACCUCUCACGCACUGUCAUGUCACAUCUGGAUAGAACUUUCAAUGAUGAUCAAAGCUUGUUGAAGUUUGCACGAAUGGGCUGUCUCUUAGAGUAUGAUCUGUUUGGUAUUGAGUGCUCACAUUAUCAGCUGAGCUCGGCUGCGGAUAUGCCCAGUGAUGCUCAGAGGAUACAGAGGAUUAAGGUUCUCAUUGAUAACGGCUUUGCAGAUAAGAUCCUGAUAUCACAUGACAUCCACACCAAAGUCAGAUUGGCUCGUUAUGGAGGUCACGGCUAUUCUCACAUUGUGGAGCACAUCAUGCCUAAGAUGGUGUCCAGGGGAAUCCCCCAGGAGGUGGUCUCAGCUAUAACAAAGGACAACCCUCAGAAAUGGCUAACUUUUGUUUAGUUACUAAUUGAUUUUUGCUAAUUAUGCCUCGAGGCGUAGCCGCACGAGGGAUACGGUAAAGCUGUGUGUCUGUCUGUGUGUGUGUGUGUGUGUAUUCCAGCUAUAACUGCUCAA